AUGUGCAAAAAAUCCCCCGUGGGUUGUGCGUGUGCGUUGUGGUGUGUGUGUGUGUGUGUGUGUGUGUGUGUGUGUGUGUGUGUGUCCAUCCGCGCUUGUGCAAAAAAAAAAAUCUCCAAAACGUCACAGUUUGCAUUCCGGAGGAGCGCGCCCAGAAAUCCGAGAUCUUCCCAGGGAUUCCCCUACCCUGCCUCCUCCGCUGCACUUACCCCCAAGAGGAGAGGACCGGCCCCGAAGCGGAGCGGCAGCCGCCCUCGGACAGACCAUGCCCCGGUGAGCCGGGCGGACUUCGAGGGCAACUUGGCGCGGACCGCCUGCGAGCUGCCCGGGCCCCGCCAGCCGAGGAGGAGCGGCAGCAGCGCGGCCCGGCGGGGGGCUCUCGUCUAUGCCUUCUUGGGGCGCCCGGCGGCGGAUCGGGGUCUCGUUCGUGCAGACGGAGCCCGGCGCUGGUGGCGGCUGCAGGUGGCUGCCGCCGCCUCUGCUGCUGGCGUUGCUUCCUCCGCCGCCCGGGCCGGGAGCAGCGGAGACCUCUGA